GGAAAAGGUCGCUUUAUGUCUACUAUAACAAUACCAUUUUAUUUUGUAGAUAUGUAUGUGAACGACAUAAAAAGUGGAACAACAGUGUCCGACAAAGAGCCAAUCAUUUUAACAGAGUUUGCCGCGACUGCUCAUGUAAAUGGCAAUAAUCUGCUUGGGCCUGUGGUGGGAAACUUCUCCAUGGAACUAGCAAUACAGAAAGCCAAACAAUCAGGCGUAGGCUGGGUUGUAGCUAAAGGUUCAAACCACUAUGGUAUAGCCGGUUGGUACAGUAUGCAAGCGUUGCAGCAUGGAUUAAUGGGCAUGUCAUUUACAAACACCUCACCAUUACAAGUGCCUACAAGAGCAAGAGAGUGUGUAUUAGGAACUAAUCCAAUAACUUUGGCAGCACCCGCCACUGGUGGUGACAGUUUUGUACUGGAUAUGGCGACAUCAACGGCAGCUGUUGGCAAGGUGGAAUUCCAUGACAGGAAAGAUAUAAGCAUACCAAACGGUUGGGGUUCUGAUAGCAGAGGUAUUGAGACUAAUGAUCCAAAGGCUGUGCUGGAUGGUGGUGGUUUGAUGCCUUUAGGAGGUUCUGAGAAAUCCAGUGGUUAUAAAGGUUAUGGACUAGCGAUGUUAGUGGAGAUAUUCUGUGGUUUAUUAGCUGGAUCAAAAUAUGGACCAAAUAUUCGCAAAUGGAGAGCAACAGGUGGCGUUGCCAACUUGGGCCAGUGUUUCAUAGCAAUAAAUCCAGAGGCGUUUGCUCCAGGCUUUGCAGAGAGAAUGCAAGACAUGAUGAACAUAUGUAGAAAUCUCAGUCCUGCAGAAGGGGAAUCUGAAGUACUCGUAGCAGGUGACCCUGAACGAAUACAUAUGCAGCAAGUUGACACCGAGGGCGGUAUACGGUAUCACAAGAACCUUGGAGAAUUCAUGAAUAAACUCGCACAGGAACUUGGUGUGGAGCCUUUGAAAUCCGUGUCGUAACAUGCCAAUAAAAUCCCGAUGUUUUAGUGUUCACCUGCUGCUUGUAUCUGUAUACGCAGUACUCGUCACCGAUAUUAUACCAGAGAAUAUAUAAGUGAUUUUUAUCUUUAUUGCUGCUUGGACACAAUAGCACAAUGAAACUUUCGUAUAUGAAUGUAUAAAAUGUAAUUUUUACAGUUGCGUGAUUUAUUAAAAUAUACGGGUCUAUGCUA